AUCACUCAGCCAGAGGAUUAAGGGGAAGUUAUGGCGGCCGACUCGAGUCCACGCUUCACCAGCGGGGCCGCCCGGAGUCGGUUCAUUGUGGUGGGAGGCGGCAUCGCUGGAGUGACGUGCGCUGAACGGCUGGCUGCAGAAUUUCCAUCUGACCAUAUUUUAUUAGUUACGGCAUCUCCUGUUAUAAAAGCAGUAGUGAACUUCAAGCAGGUUUCCAGAACUUUAGAAGAAUUUGAUAUCGAGGAGCAAGCAAGCAGUGUCUUAGAAAAACGCUAUCCGAACAUUCAGGUUAUACAGUCUGCUGUAAAAUGGCUCAAAAGUGGAGAACAUAAAAUAAUCACCGAAGCCGGCAAGGAAUAUGUCUACGAAAAGCUUUGCCUGUGUGCGGGAGCAAAGCCGAAACUGAUUACCGAAGGAAACCCGUUUGUGUUGGGAAUCCGAGAUACAGACAGCGUUGCGGAAUUUCAGAAACAUUUGGCGACAGCUAAACGAAUAAUCAUUGUCGGAAAUGGUGGUAUUGCACUAGAGUUGGUAUACGAAAUUGAAGGCUGUGAAGUGAUUUGGACUAUCAAAGACAAAGCGAUAGGCAAUGCUUUCUUUGAUGCGGGAGCAGCUGAAUUCCUUAUUCCACAGCUCAGCACGGAAAAACAGGAGCCUCCGCUUGCUUGUAAAAGAACGAAAUAUACAACCACAAGAGGAACUGCUGAAGAAGAGAUGGCGGAGAAAGCUGCGGCAAGCCCUGGGAAAACAGGCAGUGCCUUAGGCCCCGACUGGCAUGAAGGCUUGCAUCUCAGGGGAGCAAGGAAGCUUUCCCAUAAAGUUCAUAUUGAAAAUCUGUGUGAAAUAAAGAAGAUAUACCUCCGAGAAGAAUUCCAGCAGUCAGGAAAGGUGCCUUUGGUUUUCCCUAGAGCUCAGCAGGAUGAAGGGAUGGCAGAAACAGAUGAAGAGCUAUGGCCUGUGUAUGUGGAGUUAACCAAUGGGAAGAUAUACGGCUGUGACUUCAUUGUCAGUGCAACAGGAGUGGUCCCGAAUGUACAGCCAUUCCUUGAUGGUAAUAAUUUCGCUUUAGGUGAAGAUGGAGGGCUGAAAGUGGACAAAGGGAUGCACACUUCACAACCAGGUAUCUAUGCAGCCGGAGACGUCUGCACCACAUCUUGGGAACCCAGCCCAGUUUGGCAGCAGAUGAGGCUUUGGACCCAGGCAAGGCAGAUGGGGUGGUAUGCUGCAAAAUGUAUGGCCGCUGAUACUUUGGGAGAAUCUGCAGACCUAGAUUUCAGCUUUGAACUCUUUGCUCACGUUACAAAAUUUUUCAAUUAUAAGGUAGUGCUGCUGGGAAAAUACAAUGCCCAGGGGCUGGGUUCAGACCAUGAACUGCUGCUGAGGUGCACCAAAGGAGUGGAGUACAUCAAAGUGGUGAUGCGGAAUGGACGAAUGCUGGGAGCUGUGUUGAUUGGAGAAACAGACCUGGAAGAAACCUUUGAAAACUUGAUUCUAAAUCAAAUGGAUCUCUCUCGUUAUGGUGCAGAUCUCCUGGAUCCGAAUAUUGACAUUGAGGAUUACUUUGACUGAAGUUCUGAGCAGAUCAGUGUCUGUGACUUCUUCAAUAUUUGGAUUUUCCAAAAAAGGAUUCUCCUGUUCACAGGAGAGAGAUGAUGGAAUAUGACUACCUUAAAUGCAUAUAGGGUGGGUGCUUUCAGGCACUGCUGGUACAUACAGUGGUACCUUGGCUCACGAACUUAAAUCUGUUCCGUGACUCUGGUUGUGACCCAAAUUGGUUGUGAGCCAAGUCAAAUUUCCCCAUAAGGUUAAUCUGUUCUGUAACCAUUU